UGUGCGCGGGGCGGGGUCGCAGCCACCCCUCCCGCCCGCGGCUCUGUCACGCGCCCCUCACCGGGCGGGCCGGGGUCUUUGUGACGCGGUGGCGACGGCCGCGGACACAAAGGGAAGGCGAGCGGCGAGUGAGGGGCUGGGUCUGCCCCCGCCCCGCGACCCCGGCCCGCCGCGCGCGCGCCCGUUCACGCCCCCAGCCUCGGUCUCCCCAACGCGGGCUCGCACCCUCGCGCGCACCCUCGCGCGCCCGCGACCCUCGCACGCGCCCGGACCCUCUGACUCUGUCCCGAGCGCGGCGGGCCGGGGCCUGGCGGGCGCUGCGGGUGGGACCGGGAUGCUGAGGGGCUGCUCCCAGGCGCAGCGGCGCGGCUGCUAGGAGGCGCCGAGGCAGCGGCGGGGCUCCCGGUGCGCGGCUGGAUGCCCCGGGCCUGCGGCUCCCUGCGCUUCCCGCCGUCCAGGGGCGCCAGUCAUGGGCGCCGCGGCCGCUGAGGCGCCGCUCCGGCUGCCUGCCGCGCCCCCGCUCGCCUUCUGCUGCUACACGUCGGUGCUUCUGCUCUUCGCCUUCUCUCUGCCCGGGAGCCGCGCGUCCAACCAGCCCCCGGGUGGCGGCAGCGGCGGCGGCGGGGACUGUCCCGGCGGCAAAGGCAAGAGCAUCAACUGCUCAGAAUUAAAUGUGAGGGAGUCUGAUGUAAGAGUUUGUGAUGAAUCGUCAUGUAAAUAUGGAGGAGUCUGUAAAGAAGAUGGAGAUGGUUUGAAAUGUGCAUGUCAGUUUCAGUGCCAUACAAAUUACAUUCCUGUCUGUGGAUCAAAUGGGGACACUUAUCAAAAUGAAUGCUUUCUCAGAAGGGCUGCUUGUAAGCACCAGAAAGAGAUAACAGUAGUAGCAAGAGGACCAUGCUACUCUGAUAAUGGCUCUGGAUCUGGAGAAGGAGCAGAAGAGGAAGGGUCAGGGGCAGAAGUUCACAGAAAACACUCCAAGUGUGGACCUUGCAAAUACAAAGCUGAGUGUGAUGAAGAUGCAGAAAAUGUUGGGUGUGUAUGUAAUAUAGAUUGCAGUGGAUACAGUUUUAAUCCUGUGUGUGCUUCUGAUGGGAGUUCCUACAACAAUCCUUGUUUUGUUCGAGAAGCAUCUUGUAUAAAGCAAGAACAAAUUGAUAUAAGGCAUCUUGGUCAUUGCACAGACACAGAUGACACUAGUUUGUUGGGAAAAAAAGAUGAUGGACUACAGUAUCGACCGGAUGUGAAAGAUGCUAGUGAUCAAAGAGAAGAUGUUUAUAUUGGAAACCACAUGCCUUGCCCUGAAAACCUCAAUGGUUACUGCAUCCAUGGGAAAUGUGAAUUCAUCUAUUCCACUCAGAAGGCUUCUUGUAGAUGUGAAUCUGGUUACACUGGACAGCACUGUGAAAAGACGGACUUUAGUAUUCUCUAUGUUGUGCCAAGUAGGCAAAAGCUCACUCAUGUUCUUAUUGCAGCAAUUAUUGGAGCUGUACAGAUUGCCAUUAUAGUAGCGAUUGUCAUGUGCAUAACGAGAAAAUGCCCUAAAAACAACAGAGGACGGCGACAGAAGCAAAACCUAGGUCAUUUUACUUCAGAUACGUCAUCCAGAAUGGUUUAAACUGAUGACUUUUAUAUGUACACUGACCAUGUGAUGUACAUUUAUUAUGUCUUUUUUUAAAGAAUGGAAAUAUUUAUUUCAGAGGCCUUAUUUUUGGACAUUUUUAGUGUAGUACUGUUGGCUCGUAUUUAGAAUAUUCAGCUACAACAGUUUUGGACUGUUUCGUAGUCUUUGUUUUAUGUUUUUAAAUACAGAAAUUGAUUUCACAAAUUUAUACCACAUGGUAAUUCUAAGACUUGUUCUUUACCCAUGGAAUGUAAUAUUUUUGCAAAGAUGGACCACUUCACAAAUGGUUACAAAGUCAUACCCACUUCUUCCACAGUGACCACAACAAAUGACCAAGCAUGAACUAAAGGUAAAGAUGUUUACAGAUUACUUUUCUUACAAAAAAAGAUAAAAAAUCUAGAAGACACUGUGUUUAAAUAGACAUUUAAAUGUUUUUUGAGAUUUAGUAACUGAUUUUUUAGACCCUGCCUAUCGCAUGAACUGUAGAGCUGUGUGUUAGAUGUAAAAUAUUUAUAAGCUGUAUGGAUUGGAAUUUGAUUAUUCCUCUCUUUGAAAAAAUAAUUCUGAUAAUUCGGAAAGAUAUCUGGUAGCCAGGAUGGAACAGAUGACUGAAAAGUAGGUUUUGGUAUUGUGAAAAUGGUCUGUUUAACAAACAGAUUGGAAUAAAGCCUUCUCUAUCAGUUAAACUACUUUAAUACACAUUCAUUUUUAAAAAAAUAUUUGUUUUAACAUAAAUAAAUUGUAUCAGUGUUUGUGAAUAAAAUGCAAAAAUGAUUGUUAAUGAUGGGUGCUCUUAAAGUGAGCUUAAAAAUUAUCUAAGACCUCUAUCCAAAUUUGUCCUGUAGUAAUAGUUAUAUUAAUAGAUUGUUGGUGUUUAAAGAUCUGAAGUGUGAGUAGAAUGUAUUCAGCUGUUUAACAUGUAGUUUAGAUAAUCAGAAGUAUGCAUGUAGAAUUUAAGAAUAUGUUAAAAAUUAAAUAUUAAUUUUAAUAUUCGGUUUGGAAAAGCAUGUUAUAAUAUAAUGUUUUCACUAUA